AUGUUAUCUACAACAUCCACCACGAACGGCAUGUAUCACAUUACUACUCUAUCCUUGACAGUCUCCCUCCUUGGAUUUGUUGCUGCCACAAGCAACCCUGUCCAUCGAUAUGCGCAACUCCGAGCUUGGGGUCAGCCCGGCUGUCGUGCUAGUAUCCUUGGCGAGGCAGGUAUCUACGGUGAUUACAUUGGUUCAUGUGAGCCAUCGGUUAACUACGAUACGGUCCGCUCCGUGAGUGUCGAAGCUAUCGAAUCAGGAUGCACUCUGUACAUUUACAGCAAUCUGCAGUGUCAUUCCGAAUGGAUCGAGGCUCCUCUUAACAAAUGCGUCAGUGGCGAACAAGAGUAUAAGAUGUACAAAUCGACAUGCGAUGCUUGA